ACAAAAUGUCGACGGUAGGAGGGAUCGUAUCCACAGAGAUCUCUAUGAUCGUGCAUCGUGAAUAUAUCAGCAUUAAUCGAUACUGACCGGUACUGAUCAGUACCAGUCCCGUGUUUCCGUUGAUCUUGUUUGUGUCUUGUUUUCUUUGAGAUCUUGACGUCAGCCGAUAUCAAUUACCAACGUCAGCGAUCGUUCAAAGCAGGUCGCAGUCGGGUGGGGAACUCCCAUGGAUCUUUUUCCGUAUCGGUGAAAAUACCACUACCGAGGCUCGCGUCAUUAUCUAUUUGGGAAACAAAGAUUGCGUCCCCGUGUUACACGCGAGUCUUCUUUCGUUCCUGCAUCGAUAAACCAUCGUUGAAUAUUCUGGACGAGUUCGCCGUUCAUCCAAUCUUGGUACACACAUACAUAUAAAAUAUGAAGUAUUUCCUGUUAUUUGUCUCGAUAAUCAUAACAGUGCAGUUAUCCGUUGCACCUCCUGUUAAUCAGAAAACUAAGGAUGGAGAACACGAUGGAAACAAUGAAGUUGAAGAAGUCGAAGAAAUGGCAGACAUUAUGGAGUAUCGUAGGUACCUGAUGGAAGUAGUUCAAGUGCUCGAAAGCGAUCCAGACUUUCGUGCCAAGCUGGAAAAAGUAGAUGACGCAGAUAUACGUACUGGAAAAAUAGCUGAUCAGCUACAAUUUUUGAAUCACAAUGUUAGAUCAAAGUUGGAUGAGAUAAAGAGGAAAGAACUAGAGAGAUUGAGACAUCUCGCGACAAAAGAAAACGAUAUAAAAUACGGUCUCGAUACGGAACAUCUUAAGAUACCCGAACAUUUAGACUAUGUUAAUACACGAUCGUUUGAAGUACAAGAUUUGAGGAAAUUAAUUGCCAAGACUACAAAGGAUUUGGCAGAAGCUGACCGAAAGCGACGGGAGGAAUUUAAGCAACACGAAAUGGAAAAAAAAUUUGAGGAGCAGGAAAAAUUAAAACAUAUGAACGAAAUCGAGAAAAAAAAGUACGAGGAAGAAUUAGAAGCAUUGAGAGAAAAGCAAAAAAAACACGACCCCAUACAUCAUCCGGGUAGUAAACAACAAUUGGAAGAGGUAUGGGAGAAACAGGAUCACAUGGAUAGCGAAGAUUUUAAUCCCAGAACAUUCUUUUUCUUACAUGAUAUCGAUGGUAACCAAAUGUGGGAUCAAGACGAGGUCAAAACACUAUUUUUGAAGGAAUUGGAUAAACUUUAUGCUCAGGGGGCAUCGGAGGAAGUUUUAUUUAAGCGCGCGGAAGAACUGGAAAGAAUGAGAGAGCAUGUAUUUAACGAAGCUGACCUAAAUAAGGAUGGACUUAUUAGCUACGAGGAAUUUUUGGAACAAACCAAGAGGCCCGAUUUUCAACAAGACCAAGGUUGGCAGCCGUUAGACGAACAACAAAUUUACACCCAAGAAGAAUUCGAUGCUUACGAAAGAUACAAGCAGGAGGAAAUGCAAAGACGUAUCGCUCAAGGAAUGCUACAACCACACCCAGGUAAUAUACCUGCUGAACACGACGCGUUCCCGCCACAAUACGCGUCUCCGCAUCCUCAGGACUUCGCAAACCCAAGAGGACCCAAUCAGGAUCUUCCGCAUCAGCAACAAUUCCAUGAUCAAAAUCAUCCGCAAUAUCUUCAACAUCCUCAAGUUGUUUCUCAGCAACAAUACCCUAAUCACGUACCAGUGCAAUCAGUGCAAGGACACAUCGCCCAACCACAAGGACAAGUUCCGGUUCAGCAACACGGACAGAUUCCAGUUCAGCAACAAGGACAAGUUCCGGUUCAACAACAUGGCCAAAUUUCAGUUCAGCAACAAGGACAAAUUCCAGUUCAACAAGAUCAAGUACCGCAAAGUGUCCAAAAUAAUGCGGUACCACAACCAAAUAAUCCAAGCCACUCAAACUCGCAACACGCGAACGUUCCGGUGCAACAAAACGUUAAUAUGAAUAACAUACAAACCGGCGGAAAAGUGUGAUCUCAAAGUCUUUUUACUGGGAAAAGGAACCGUGAUCGAAGGAUAUUGGAAAAGAUACGAGAACCUAUAUAAAAUUGUUAAGAUACUCAAACUACUUCGCUUCGAAGCUUCUCCAUGUCUGCCCAUUUUUGCCAACCCACAGAUUCUAGCGUCUUCGUACGAUGGUAUACAAAGUUUCCACUUUGAGUUUAUCAGAGAAAGUCAAAUUAAUUUAUUUAUCAUGAAAUGUAAAUAAAAACUGUUUUCAAGAAAA